AUGGAAAUUGAUUUAGAUUCAAUCAUUACAAGAUUAUUGGAACCAAGAACUACAAAACCAGGUAAAUUAGUUGAUUUAGCAGAGGAGGAAAUUAGAUAUUUAACAGUUCAAGCCACUGAAAUCUUUAUAAAUCAACCAAUUUUAUUGGAAUUAGAAGCACCAAUCAAGAUCUGUGGUGAUAUUCAUGGACAAUACUACGAUUUACUUCGUCUCUUUGAGUACGGAGGAUUCCCACCACAAAGUAAUUAUCUUUUUUUAGGUGAUUAUGUCGAUCGUGGUAAGCAAUCCUUAGAGACCAUUUGUUUAUUGUUGGCCUAUAAAAUCAAAUAUCCAGAGAACUUUUUCAUUCUUCGUGGAAAUCACGAAUGUGCAUCCAUCAAUCGUAUCUAUGGUUUUUACGAUGAAUGCAAGAGAAGAUACAACAGCAAAUUAUGGAAAGCAUUUACAGAUUGCUUCAACUGUCUCCCAGUUGCAGCCAUCAUUGACGAGAAAAUCUUUUGUAUGCAUGGUGGUCUCUCACCAGAUCUCAAGAAUAUGGAUCAAAUUCGUAGAAUCACUAGACCAACCGUUGUUCCAGAUUUUGGUCUUUUAUGUGAUCUCUUGUGGGCUGAUCCUGAUAAAAACAUUCAAGGUUGGGAAGAUAAUGACCGUGGUGUCUCCUAUACUUUUGGUGCCGACGUUGUCGAAUCAUUCUUAAAGAAACACGAUCUCGAUUUAGUUUGUAGAGCUCAUCAAGUUGUAGAAGAUGGUUAUGAAUUCUUUGCUAAACGUCAAUUGGUAACCCUCUUUUCCGCUCCAAAUUACUUUGGUGAAUUUGAUAACGCUGGUGCUAUGAUGGGUGUCGAUGAAACUUUAAUGUGUUCAUUCCAAAUUUUAAAACCUGCCGAUAAAAAAAAACUUACAAACGAUAGUAAUGGUAGACCAUUAACUCCUCCAAGAAAUAAACAACAAAAACCAAAAAAAUAA